CUAGAAAGUGUUUGAGAUGAGGUCUUGUGUGCAGUUGAUAAGCAAACGUAAACAUCCCCGUCUCUGUCAUCGACAUCGGCUUUUCGUUAUACUGCAUCAAUAGGUUGAGUCUGGUUCACGCUACUCCGGCCGUCGCCUUCUUUCCGCAACCUUUUCUAUAAACUGGUGUCCCCUCCUGUUAUCCUCGCCUCACCACUCCCCUUUGCUUCUCCUCGGAUUCUGCCCUUUUUCCAUGCUCCCAAACGUGCGGCGGCUCUCCUGAAGGAGAAGCAAGGGAAGUGCUUACAACGUAAAUGAGUCACAAGCCGAGUCUUGUAAGGUUUGGAGCUCUCAGGCUGCCCCCUGGGUUUAGGUUCCACCCCACUGAUGAAGACCUAGUCGUUCAGUACCUCAAGAGGAAGGUCUUCUCCUGCCCAUUGCCAGCUUCCAUCAUUCCUGAGAUCGAUCUCGGGAAGUACGAUCCAUGGAACUUGCCUGGUGCAUUAAUGGAAGGCGAUGAGAGGUAUUGCUUCAACCGUAGAGAGGCGAAAUAUCCCAAUGGGAAGCGAUCAAACCGGGCGGCGAGAUCCGGCUACUGGAAGGCCAGGGGGAAGGACAAGCAGAUCGUAGCUUCUGGGUGCAACCAAGUGGUGGGGAUGAGAAGGGUUUUGGUCUUCUACCGCGGAAAACCUCCUACCAGCUCUCCAACCGACUGGAUGAUGCAUGAGUAUCGCCUGGCCGGCUCUGAUGGCAGAAGCUUGAUCUACCCGCAGAGGAAGAACUCAACUCAUGGUUUGAUGAUUCCAAGCCAAGACUGGGUGCUUUGUCGCAUUUUUAAGAGGAGAAGAGCCCCCAUAGUCGUCGACGAGGAGGAGGACAUCAUUACAAACGACGUCACUGAUUUCAGCGAUUUCAUGGACGAGAGAGAGGGUGAUCCGACACCAUCUUCAUCCUCUUCGCCUGAGAAGAGCUGUGUCACCGAACUGUUUGAUGAAUCUAGCAGAGGAGAGGAAACUAAUUCACCUCCCUGAGGUUGUUGUAUUGGAUUUUAGAGUCUUCUUACUUCCUUCCUUGGAGACCAGAUGAUAUUAAACUUGAGCUGUUAACUCUAGGAUUUGAAGUAUCCAUCUUCUCUCCUAGUGCUUCUUCCUGGAUCUAGCCACAUGUUCCAAUAAUUGAUCGAAUCUUUAUCCUUGCGUUCUUA